AUAACAUUGAGGCUGCUUGAUUUUCCAACACGUGUUCUCUCCUUAUUCAAUCUCCUUUUGAUGUAAUUUUGGUAAAUCCUAGUUCCAAUUUCAUACUCAUUUUUUAAAGACUCAAGCUAAACCCCAUUCGGCCAAGUGAAGAAGUGAAAUUGGCUAGAUCAGAUGGGUAAAAUCAAAGCAAAGAAGCCCAAGGGAGUUGCUGGUGGGGCCCAUUUUAAGCAGUCGAUGAGACUGGAACACGCAAAAUUUGGACAACAUUUGCUCAAAAAUCCCCUUAUUGUGGAUGGAAUGGUGGAUAGGGCAGCUGUUCGAAGCACAGAUACAGUUCUCGAGGUUGGUCCUGGUACAGGAAACUUAACCAUGAAGCUUCUCCCCAAGGCGAAAAAAGUUAUUGCUUUUGAAAUUGACCAACGGAUGGUCGCCGAAGUCAUAAAGCGAUCGCGAAACGCUGGGAUGGAGAAAAAGCUGGAAGUCAUUGUUGGAGAUAUUUGUAAAACUGGAGAUCUACCUCAGUUUGACAUUUGUGUCGCUAAUAUCCCAUAUCAGAUCAGUUCCCCGUUGGUUUUCAAGUUAUUGCUGCACCGACCCGCUUUUAGAUGUGCUGUAUUAAUGGUCCAACGCGAAUUCGCCCAGAGGCUAGUUGCUCAGCCAGGUGAUAAGCUGUAUUGCCGUCUAACUAUAAAUACCCAACUUUUAUCCCGAGUGGAACAUCUCAUUAAGGUUGGGAAGAACAAUUUUCGCCCACCACCCAAGGUGGAUUCUUCCGUCAUUCGCAUAGAGCCUCGAAUGCCACCUCCCCCAAUCAACUUCCAAGAAUGGGACGCGUUGACUAGAAUAGCAUUCUCCAGAAAGAAUAAAACUCUCCUUGCCAAUUUCAAAACUACGUCCGUCGUGUCCAGCCUGGCAAAAAAUUAUGCAGCCGCAAAUAUGAUGCCAAAUUCUAAUGCCGCUGUUCCAUUAUUAUCCAGUACGACAAGUAGUAAAUCGACUGCACAGCCUCCAAAAGACUAUCAAGAACUGGAGAGGCUAGUUAUGGAGAAGGUCGAACGAGUUCUUGGCAAUGGAUUUGUAGAUAAGCGAGCUAGAAUGCUAGACGUCGAUGAUUUUAUAAAAUUGUUGGUAGAGUUUAAUAAAGAGGGCAUUCACUUUGCCUGAUUGUACAUUUCAUA